UGUUGACAAUUUUGGACUUGGUCUUCUGCUUCACACUAAGCAGAUAAAACACAUGGUGUCAUCAUAUGUUGGAGAGAAUACUGAAUUUGAACACCAGUAUUUAUCUGGCGAGCUUGAAGUUGAGCUUACACCUCAGGGUACGCUUGCUGAAUGUAUUAGAGCAGGAGGAGCAGGAGUCCCAGUGUUUUACGCCAGUACCGGCUAUGGGACGCUGGUGCAGGAAGGGGGUGCACCUAUCAAAUACAACACAGAUGGCACCAUUGCCAUUGCCAGCCAGCCAAGAGAGGUGUGAGAGUUUGAUGGCCAUCACUUUAUUCUGGAGAAGUCGAUUACAGGAGAUUUUGCUCUUGUGAAGGCAUGGAAGGCUGAUCGUGCAGGAAACAUCAUUUUCAGGAAAACUGCAAGAAACUUCAACCAACCUAUGUGCAAAGCUGCCAAGACAACUGUGGUGGAGCUUAUUUCUUUUACAGGUAAGGAGACAGUCACGGUUCUUCCAGGUUCUUCCUAUUUCUCUAGCAAUGAAUCAUUUGCAAUGAAAAGAGGAGGCCAUGUUGAUUUGACAAUGCUUGGAGCUAUGCAGGUUUCUAAGUACGGUGACCUGGCCAACUGGAUGAUUCCUGGCAAUGUCCAUAAAAUCUUGGAAAAGUGCAAUUUACCACUUACUGGGAAACAAUGUGUAAACCGCAUCAUUACAGAGAAGGCUGUGUUUGAUGUGGACAAGAAGAAGGGGUUGACCCUUGUGGAAAUCUGGGAAGAACUGUCAGUGGAUGAUAUCAAUAAAAGCACUGGCUGUGACUUAACAGUUUCACCAAAACUAAUACCAAUCAGGCAGAUUUAA